AUGCCACUUUACAGUCUUGUUGAUUCCACGGUUGAGGUUGUUACCGAUGGCCACGCUUUCCCGGCUAGUGUGAAGGAGCAGGCAGCAACCGAAAUCGGCAUCAUAUUCGGCGGUCGCGACUUCGACAAUAAACCCUUGGAGGGAAUCAUUUCCGACUGCGCUACUAUGGCGGUCCAUGAUUCCAUUUAA